AUCAUUAUUUUCUUAUAUCAUGCAGACAGACUGGUUCAUUUGCAUUCACAUCCCCUCCAGUGGCACGGCUCCUAGUUUUGUGUUUUAUUCUGUAUAUUUCUCUUCGUUAAACCAAAACUUAAACGCCCGAGCUGAAUGUAUUUGUUUAUCGUGACCUAACGAAUUUAUCAUCUAAAGGUCAAGUUUGAAAUGAUGGCUGUUUAAUCGUAUAUAGGAUGAUUAUCUUACAUUCAUCCCUUCCCGGUUAAUUUUAAAUAUAGACAAGUGCUUACUCUAAUAUCAAUAUAGAAGUUUGGUUAAAUUCAUGAACGGCUAAGUUGAUUGAAGGUCAUAAAAAUCAUCUUAAAAAUCAUCUUAUUUGAAAGAAUUUAUCAUCAAGACUAAAAAGCAUUAUUGUAAAUGAUACUACGAUUCGAGAGAAGCUAUCUUGCAAUAUGUUCAUUGAACUAUUGUUGUUUCUCCUAUCAUUAAAAUUCCGUCUUACAAACCAUAUAUUCUAGACUAAAAUCCGAUGCUUCUAAUUACUGAUUAAGAAUAAUUAAAUAAUAAAUUGGCGUGUUUAGUUCCACCAAGGAGUUUCCAUGGAGAGUUACAUAAGGGGAAUUGUUGCAAUGGAAUGGUUGAUCGCAUCACCAAGCUUGCAACAAAAACUAACAAUUUUAAUAUUCGAUAUUAACUACCUUGUUGAUAGUGUUUAGAUAUAAUUAUAUAUUUAUUUUUGUUAUACAAUAAAUCACCAUGCAUUCUUAAGUAGUCACAUGGCUAACACUAAAAGUUGUAAAUGAUAGAUACUUUAGGCAAAAACAUGAAGAAAAGGUAGAUUAGCGUGUUUCGUUAUGAAGAAGUAACCUUAUUUAACUUAACUGUGACGAUUUAGGCCUUAUAGGUGUGAUCUAAAUAGACGUACAGGUUGAUCAGGAUUAAUAGAAUCAUGGCAAGUUUAUUGACAAUCGCUAAAGUCCUUUUAUCCAACGUUCAUUGAUAACCAAAUCGCGGUAAAUGGCGCGAAUAAUUCAUUCCAUCGUCUCCAUGGACAGCUGGCAACAAAAGUAAUUUACAUUUUGAGUGACAUUCGCUGUUCGUGGGUUUAAGCAUGCAAUCGGUCGGACUGAGCCAGACAAUUGCCAACAUCUAAUUUCUCGAAAUGCGAUCUCCAAAGAAGAAUCCACGACGUUUUAUCUCUCAGAGACACGCCUGAUAUGAGCAUAGAUCAAAUUUUUCUUCGGUUCUGAGAUUCUCAUUGUUUCGGGAGUCCUUGGAUCAAUAUGCGCGAUUCUUCUUUUACUUCUUCUCUAUCUUGUUCGGGCUGUACGACGGAAGAGACCAGCCCCAGUUCAUCGCGACCGUCAACUUCCCCCCGGCAUCAUUAUACAUGAAGACAUCCCGCAGUUCAUGCCGGGAACGAUACCACGCAGGGUCCAGGGUCCAGUCUCCAGUCUUCCCCCACCUAUAACCGCUGAGCUGUUGGACACUCGUAACUAUGGCCCUGAUAUGUCGAAAUUCUUUGGCCAUCGGAGUGAUGGAGACCAUUACCCAAAUGCUAUUUCCCUAGAGCAGCUAAAUACUGCGGGAUCUCCUGCCAUAACGAUCAAACACCGUACCAGCCAUAAGGGAGGUUACAGCUGCCCUAGCAGCCCCACGUCGCCUUUCAGUCGUCGUUUCCGAGGCUUCAGCGAGCCGACUUCGCCAGAGAAAAGAUCCAAGCGAAGCGCUACGAUCUCGUCAAGUUCGGAAGUUGUCGGAAAGCUGGAGUUCUCGUAUUACUUCGACGAAAAAAACCGUCAGCUUCACGUGAACGUUAUUCAAGCGCUCCGUUUACCUGGGGACGAUAAUCUAGAGUCUUACGUCAUCGCUAUUUUAAAACCGGAUGAAAUGAACUGGCGUCGAGAGACGAAAUUCGUUUUCAAUUCAGUGGAUCCGCUGUUCAACGAAACAUUCUUGGUGUCCGGCUUCACGCAUACGAAAAUACGCGAAUGCAGUCUCCAGUUUUUGGUUAUGAACAAUGCCGAGAACAAAGCCAUUGGUCAACUUCAUGUGUCGUUAGCGGACUUACAACCGAAUAAGAUUACAAGCAAAUGUCUCAGUCUAACUCCAAUGGUGUCCGACGAACUAGGUGAUGAGUUCUGUGAACGUCCUCCGCUUGGAGAGAUUCUGGUCGCAUUGACCCACAAUCCUUCAGAAGGAAAGUUGACAAUUACAAUCAAAAGUGCAAAAGGACUUCCUGGUGUUACAAAAUCAGGCAAAGUUGAUCCCUACAUAAAGAUUCGUGUCUUCUUCUGCGGAGAACGUAUUUACAAGAAGAAGACGACCAUCAAACACGACACCAAGACACCAGUUUACGAAGAAUCUUUUGACUUUGUUGUAACAAAAGAUAAAAUGCCUCAAACAAGCGUCAUCUUAAGACUUUACCAUCACGGAAGUCGAGUCAACGUCCUGAGCAAAAGCAUUUUAAUUGGCGUUGUAUUUUUGGGCUAUCAAUUUGAGUUGUUUGGACCACAUCCGUUUAUGCUGGACUAUGGUGCAAGACAUUGGGCCAGUAUAAUAGAGAAACCACAUUUAACUAUUGAAGAAUGGCAUCCCGUUCAGGCGUUUUCUACGUGAAAAAAAUAUGGAUAUAUUGUUGUAUGUAUGCGAUUGAUAAAUGAAGGAAUCCUCGCAACAAGAAAUGUUAUAUGUAAAGAGAGUGUAACUUUUGUUUUAUUACGUUUAUUUAAUUACACAUUACGUUAUGAGCAGCAAAUAAACCUGUGAAUACAUUUCAAAAAUGUAGGAAAA